AUUUUUUUAUGGCUCGAGUGGACAGUGGAGAGGUGAACGUGUUUGCGAUGCGAAUAAUUAUGAUAAUGACAAACGCAAAUUUGCCAUAAAAUUGCAUUAUUAUAGCGAAAUUUUGAGUUUCGAUUUUAAGCUUCAGUUAAAGUGAUAGUCGCGUCAAGUUAAAUGGUUAAAAAAUCCCAAUCCGUGCAUAUGUCGUAGUGAAGCUCACGUCGUCUGUUUGCAGUCUCAAAACAACACUCGGAGAAAAAAAUUCUGCGCUAAUGGAUGAAGCACAUUGCAUCGAUUUCUUCUGCAUAACAAAGCAAUGUAUCAAUUUCGUAUUUCACGCGUAGUUUGUAAUAAUUCAGCAUGCACUGCGGUGUGCGUGUUAUUACGUUAAACUUUUGUCUUCAGAUCAAAUCAAACAUGCAUAAGUAGGCAAUAAUAAAUUAUUGUGCAUUUAUAUCGUGUAUUCGUAUCGAGUUGAACGAAAACAAUAAUGUCGUUCGGCCGUGUAUGAUCAAAGUUUUUGACAUGAUGGUCAGCAUUAAUCCUACACUGGUGGAAACUGUAUCCAUCAAUUAUGAAGAUUUCAGCGAAAGUUUCCUCACUUGUGGGACAUGUUUAUGUGUUUAUAACGGGGUAGACCAUAUCCCUAAAUUGUUACCUUGCUCUCACACCGUGUGUUUGGGAUGUUUGAACCGAAUCGCCGAUCUACGGAGUCGUGAAAUAGGAGUUUUUCGAUGUCCAAUAUGUCGCGAAUUGACCAAUAUACCUCAAGGUGGCAUAGCUGCUUUACCGCCAUCGUUUCUUGUGAAUCGACUAUUGGAUUUGAUGUCGAAACAGAGGAGACAAAUAGUACCUACGUGUUCCGAUCACAGCAACCAAGUGUUAUACACUUGCGAAACUUGCGAUGUUAUAUUUUGUACAAUGUGCCAAAACGGCGGCGGCCAUAAAUCCGCUCACGAAGAUAAUAAAAAUUGUGAGCAUACCAUUGUUCCUUACUCCGUAGCUAUCAAAAGAAUGGCUGAGAUUUUAAUCUAUAAGGCGAACGAAUGCUUAUCAAAGUUGAAUAAUGCGCGUGAUACCGUCAACGAAGAAAUGGGAAAAUUGGAUCGUGCUAGUAACGAUUGCAUUCAAAAACUAAACAAAACGUUUCAAGACAUUCACGAGGCCAUUGAUCAGCGUAAAAAUGAAUUAUUUACUAAAAUACAAGAAAUGAAAGAUAAUAAGAAAAUUGUACUCAACGAACAGCUGAUGUUGAUUAAUGAUGAAAAGGACAAGGUUGAGAAAGUAUGCGAUGGUUUAGAAUAUCAAACCGAUACCCAUAUCAUCAACCAAAGGAUAUCUAGUCUUUCAGAAAAUAUCGAUAGUAUACGAAUACUCGAAGAACCGCGAGAAAAUUCUUACAUGAAUUGUAAUAUUGACCACGAUCAAAAAUUUCAGAAAUUAAUGACAAACAUAGCUGCUUUGGGUCGAGUCAUAUCGACUACUUCAUUACCAAGAUUAUCUACAUUAUUAAUCGAAGAUAAUUAUAUAGUCAAUUUAGAAGCAACUGCUUUAAUACAUACUAUCGAUUACCACGGGAAAGCUAGAACUUCCGGAGGAGAUCCCAUACUUGUCCAAUUAAACCGCAAAGAUGCCACCGAAAGUGUACCAGUGCCAGUCAGAGUCGAAGAUUUAGACGACGGCACGUAUUUGGUGAAAUUUCGACCUCCAAAGAUCGGAUGUUAUGUUUUGGAAGUUUUUAUUCUUGGACGACAUAUCAAAGAUGGUAUUCGAAGUUUCAUGGUAUCCAAGCAUAAUAAUCCGAUAGCUGUCCAUGGAAAUUCGGUAGAUGAUGGAUCUGGACAUUACUUACAGCCCGUUGCCGUCGCAUAUAAUCACAAUAAUAAAUUGAUUUACGUCGUUGAUACUGGUAAUUCGCGAAUUAAAGUUUUGACCAGUGAUUUAAAAUUCGUAAAACAUAUCGAAAAUCCAUGUUUGAAAGGAAGAGCAUGCACUGGUAUUGGUAUACAUUCGUCUACGGAAAGUAAUGCCGAUGAAUGGAUAGCUGUUGUAAAUUGGCGAACAAAAAAUAUCACAAGGAUGACCGUCGAUGGUGAAACCAUAAACGAAUUCACUCAUGAUUCUCUACAAGAACCAACGCAUUUAGCUGUUGAUAAUAAAAAUGGUCGAAUAAUCGUAGCUGACAGUGUGAACAAUUCGAUCGUAGUGUUCAAUCAGUCGGGCGAUUUACUUCUAAAGUUUAAUAAAAAUGGUGCCAAAGAUGAACCAGCUACUCAGAUAUCUUGCGUAUGUGUGGGAUUAAAUAGUGAAAUAUACGUAGCUGAUACCCGUAUUCGAGUUUUCUCUUCAGAAGCUGUUAAAUUGAAAGAAAUUAACGUAGAAGGAGACGGAGAUUACGGGGGAAUAGCAAUUGAUAACAAAGGUCUUCUGGUAGCCACUCGAUCGACUCGAACUCGACAUUGUAUCCAGGUCAUUGAAACGGAAUCGGGCGAACUAGUGAAUUCGAUCGAUUCGUAUAACAAUCGUUUAUGUCGACCAGCUGGCGUUUCAUGUAUGGCUGAUAAUUACGCCGUUGUCGUCGAUCUUGGUAACGGAGUAAUAAAAAAAUAUCGCUAUUGGUGAAAAUGAUCAGGUAGAUCUGUACGUUCUUCCUUCAUCAUUCAGUCAGAUGUCAAAUCCAGUCAUAUUUUUUAGCUUAUAAAUAAUUACGUUUACGAGUUGUUAUAACGUUUCGAACUCGGAGAAGUUUAGUUUUGCUUUCGUAUACUUUAAUUUGUAUUUUAUAUUUUCAUUUUGCUCAUUUUUUCAUCGCUUUUGAAAAACUUUUGGUUAAUUUUUAUAUUAACUAACGCUUCGUGUUACUAACUCAGAGAAUUACGCUGAAAAUAUGAUUUGCUGAUUCUCACGUCGUAUACAUAAGUGAUUCUGCAAAUGGCAUAUAUUGUGUUCAAACAUCUCAUGAAUAUUUCAGGCUGUGAAUGAAACUGUUGGAAUAUUUGUUCUUUUUUCCCCUUGAUUUUUCACUCAUUUCUGAAUUCAAUUUCAAAGUUCGUAGGUACUCUUGAACUGAAUAUAAACUCUAGAAUGCUGCAAUUUUCAAAAAUAUCAAUUUUGAUUCGAAAACCCCAAAAUAGUUAGGUAUACUUGAUACUUAUCGAUUCUAUCAUGGUAACGUUUCGAUUAGUUUUGUAUUAUUUUUAGAUCUAGACGUUUUGAUGUUUGCAAUAUGUUACAUUUGUACUGGCUUUAAUUUUAGAAGAAUGACGAUUCUUUUAGUCCAAGACCCACCACGACGAAAAUGUACCAAAAAACUGAAAGCUGGAACCAGGCCUCGAGAUGAGGAUUUUUUAAAUCACUUUAUCUCUUUUCAAAAAUAAGGAAAACAAUUUUAGAAUGUGAUUUUUUUGAGUCCGUCUGGAUAGAACUGUAAAAGAGGAAAAUUGCCCCCCACAUUAUCUUGUUCCUCAUUUAAAAAUUGAUACUCGUAUAAAUUUGACGAUGAGAAUUUUUGAGUUUUCCUACAAUGUGCAAGGUAUGAUGAAAGCAAAUCCCUAAUCAGGAAGGAAUUCUCAUCAACACAGAUUUCUUCGAAAAGAGCAAUAAGAAACUCUGAAGAAUUGCAUUGGACUCAUGGACACUGUGUUUCCAUGUCUAGAAUUUGUAUUUUGGCGUUUUUGACUCGUUUUAGAGCCUUCAGAGGCUUUAUGGACUUCCUGAAAUAUUGAAAAACACUUCCAAAAUAUACAUUAGAAUUAGACUUUAAUAAAUCGAUCAAAGGAGGUAACAAGAAUGGUUAAUUCAAUUUCGAGGUGGCUGAACUUCAUUGGAACCAUUUUUAUAUUUUAGCUUCACGAGUUUCCAAUUCUUUUUGUAUUCAUAUCAAUGCUUUCCCUUCUGUAGUUCUGUUCAUUGUUUUCCUCAGUGAAUUUAAAAAAUAUAAAUGUAUUAGUAAGUACUUAUUUAAAAUUCAUUUUCUCAGCCUGUAGAAUUGUGUUCGCCUAGAAUAAGGAGAAAAAAUUAUCAAAACAUACCUAAUCCACCUAGAAUAGAUAGUCUGGCUUCACAAUGUGCUUGAGCAAAUCAUAUUAUGUUUUAUGAGAUUAUUUUCAGGUUCAAAAACCUGAGAUAGGUACUUUUCAAUGCUUCAUGAACAACGAUAUGUAUUUUGAUACGUAUACAUUGCUUUGUAUUCUUUUCCAUUUUAUUAAUUUUGUACAUCAGUGAGAGAUAUGUAUGUAUGUAUGUACUGUGUAGUCAAAUUUAUAGUCAUGUUAUUAAUAAUUUUGAAUAUAUUUGUCGAAUUACGGUGAUUACAUUAUUGUUCAAUAAUUUACUUCGUGAUGUUGAUUUACAUAAAUUUACUGUCAUGUGGUAGGUAGAUUUCAAAAAAAAUGUCUGGAGGAUUUCGACCAAAUUUAGUGGAAACUUUCAUUUCGAGCUGAAAGUUAUUCAGAAAAACUAUUUUAGUGUCGGGUGUGUCCCUAAAAAAAAGAUACCUACUUAUAUAGGUCGUUGAAGAGAACGAAUUUUUGGAAUAAUCUCAGUUUCACUUAACUCGUUUGGUAAAAAUGGUCCAGCUUUAAGUUAUAAAAGAUGGCAUUUGAGAUUUUCGGUCGAAGUGAGAGACCAUUGUCAUCAAAAUCCAAGACCACUUUACGGGUCUACUAAGCACUGAAGCAGUUGGAAAUUUGGAAAUCUUUUAUUUUUGAAAAUAUUUUCAUUUCAUCUCAAAUCGAAAAAUAUGAAGUUGACCAAUUAUUAUAAAUAUAGACAGUAUUAUCAAUUUGCAAUUUCAUUAUUUGAUAAAAAAAUGAGACAUUUUUGGCAACUAAGUGAGAAAUUUUUGCAUCUUAGGACCUGUGUGGCGGGAAAAAGUUUCAACUCUGUGACGUCAUCUGACAUCACAAGCUUAUCAAUAAUUCUCUUAUCAUCUCUUCUCUACAUCUACUCCCGCAAAAAUGUUCAUUUUGUUAGCAAAUUGAAAUCAAAAGAUGUGUAAAAAUGGCAUACGAGUAUAUUUGUGAUCAUUGUGCUGAAGCAUUCACUAAUAAGUGUAAAUUGAUGCGGCAUAUUCGCACUCACACUGUUACAAAACCCAGCCGUGAAAUAGCUCGUAAUAAACGUAUCUCAUGUUGUUUCUGCGAUGAAAAGUUUUCCGCAUAUUCGCAUUAUGAAAAGCAUCUUGUAUCUCACAAUGUAUCCCUUGAAAAGGAAGAACUCUCUUUCAAAAAUGAUCAUGAAUUCAAGAACUGGCAAGAGAGUUUAAACAAGACAGGACAGCAUUAUUCGAAGGAUAGCUGUACGAAAAAAAUCAAAAAUGGAUACGUUGACUAUUUUCGUUGCCAUAGGUCUUAUAAUGCUAAUGUUACCAAAGGAAAACGAAUUAAACAUACUGGUAGCGUGAAAAUCGGACAUGCAUGUGUGUCACAAAUGAAAGUUAUCCAUCGUGAUGAAGGAAAUGUAUUGGUUUAUUUUACAAAAACACACAUCGGACACGACUGUGAUAUUAGAAAAGUUCCGCUGUUACAAUCUGAUAAGCUGAAAAUUGUUG